AUGGAGUUCAGGCCGAACGACACCUGCGCCACCAGCGAAUCGGCACCGCUGAUCGAGCCCGUCGAGUCCGGGAGCGAGCAGGACCUAUUCAUGGUUCCGCUCAAGAGGCCCUCACCGCGGCUACCGCCGUCCCGGUACAGGAACGUGAGGCCGCGAACGCCGCCGAGAUCACCAGCAGCCCCGUCACCCAGCUCACACAUGGUGAAGGCGACUCAAUCACCGCCCCAGGAACCGCCCAUCUCCGGCUACGGCGUCAAGCCCGCCAGUCCUCCCAUGUUCACGUCACCUUUGAUGUCUCCCGAGUCGGGCAAUGCCGGCUCCUAUGGCUCCCCGAACCCGCAGAGCUCGCUGGCACAGCGCAGCGUGGCCACGCCCCAGCCCCUCGCCUACAAGAGCCCUCCAAUGUCAGUGAGAGCCACCAAGCUGGGCUCGUCCCCCAUCCUGUCUCCAGAGAUGGGCUCGGCUGGGCAAAGCCCCCAGCCCGAGUCCUCCGGGAAGGGCUCCACGCAGCAUAGCACCGCCGGUUCGAGGUCCACGGGCGAGAAGCCCAGCCCGUCAACCAAGGCCUCCUCCGUCUACGAGGGCCCGCCGGCCAUCCUCCACGACAAGCCAGAGGCUGAAGCAAAGGGGACGAAGCAACAACAACAACAACCGCAACAACAGCCCCCGGAGAUCCCGCCGCUCUCCCACGCCCGCGGCCUCCGCCCUCAAAAGAACCUCGGCCUGGCGCUGCACCUCGACGUGCCGCCCCCGGCCAAACCUCACCUCCUGGCUCCGUCGCCGAUCAACACCCGCUCCCCAUCCCAGGCCGGCGACCGCGCCCCGACGUGGACGGUGCCCGACUCGCCCUUCGAGCGGCUGUCCCAGCUGCGCGCGACGCCGGACUCGGCCUACGACCGGGCGCGGCUGAUGGAGGUGCGGCGCUCCGAGUGGAAGCACGUGGUCUACCGGUUCCCCGUCAGGGGGAAGGAGCACUGGGUCAUCGACGCCGACCUGACCGAGAGCUCGCACGCGCGCCUGGCCGACGUGGCCCGCCGCUCCAGCGAGGGGUUCGAGUGGAACGGCGACUACGAGCUGGCGAAUAUCUACCGCGUGCUCGCGGCCGCGCAUGGAAAGGUCAUGGAGGAGAUGCGGGCGGAAAGGCGCGCUUUG